AUGAAAUUCGCCAAAUUCACUAAGAUUCCGGACAACCGAUUAACCAGGGAUUUCAUCAAAACAACUGAGAAUGUUUUACCUAAGUUCUAUGAGACAUGGACCAUCUGUAUGAUUGAAUUCGAUCUUAAUUCUGGAGCUACCAAUCUAAUAGAAAUACCAACAGUUAAUAAGAUUAUUAGUCAAUUCGAACAAUGGGAAGAGGAUAUUGCUAUGGCGACAUUUGGCAAUAAAUCCGACCAGACAGAGAAGGAAAAACAAGACACAACACUCAAAUAA